UUCUCCCUCUUUACCCCCUCCCUUUCCUUCUCACUCUUCUCUUUCUCAGUUCUCUAACAUUAAAGAGAAAAUGCUGCUAUCAGUGACUUCCAGGCCUGGGAUUUCAACUUUUGGCUAUAACAAGAACAACAAAAAGCCCUAUGUGUCACUGGCUCAUCAGAUGGCACCACCUAGUCCAAGCAACAGCACCCCUAACAGCAGCAAUGGGAGCAGUGGGAAUGACCAGCUGAGCAAAACCAACCUGUACAUCCGAGGAUUGCAACCAGGCACUACUGACCAGGACCUUGUCAAGCUGUGUCAACCAUAUGGCAAGAUUGUCUCCACGAAGGCCAUACUGGACAAGACCACAAACAAAUGCAAAGGCUAUGGCUUUGUGGAUUUUGACAGUCCUUUAGCAGCACAGAAGGCUGUAACAGCUCUGAAAGCCAGUGGUAUACAGGCACAAAUGGCAAAGCAACAGGAGCAAGACCCCACAAACUUAUACAUCUCAAACCUUCCACUGUCAAUGGAUGAGCAAGAACUGGAGGGGAUGCUGAAGCCCUUUGGACAGGUUAUCUCCACCCGAAUUCUUCGAGACACCAGUGGAAUCAGCAGAGGGGUUGGCUUUGCAAGGAUGGAGUCCACAGAGAAGUGUGAAGCUAUCAUCACCCACUUUAAUGGAAAAUAUAUUAAGACUCCCCCUGGAGUACCAGCCCCGUCUGAUCCCUUGCUUUGUAAGUUUGCUGAUGGUGGGCCAAAGAAACGACAAAACCAAGGAAAAUUUGUGCAAAAUGGACGGGCCUGGCCAAGGAGUGGAGACAUGGGUGGAAUGGCCUUGACUUAUGACCCCACCACAGCUCUUCAGAAUGGGUUUUACCCAGCCCCUUAUAACAUCACCCCCACCAGGAUGCUGGCUCAGUCUGCACUCUCCCCAUAUCUUUCAUCUCCUGUGUCGUCUUAUCAGAGAGUGACUCAGACAUCUCCUCUACAAUUACCUAACCCAUCUUGGAUGCACCACCAGUCAUACCUCAUGCAGCCUUCAGGUUCAGUUCUGACACCAGGGAUGGAUCACCCCAUUUCUCUUCAGCCUGCCUCCAUGAUGGGGCCUCUUACCCAGCAACUGGGCCACCUCUCGCUCAGCACCACAGGCACGUAUAUGCCAACGGCUGCAGCUAUGCAAGGAGCUUACAUCUCACAGUACACCCCUGUGCCUUCUUCCAAUGUUUCAGUUGAGGAGAACAGCAGCCAACAGAAUCAAGUGGCAGUGGAUACGCCCUCAGACCAUGGGGUCUAUUCUUUCCAGUUCAGCAAGUAACACUGGCUAACCCUGCCUACUUUGUCUUUUUAUAUUUUUAAAUUUUAUAAAUAUCCUUUUUAAAUGAAAUUUUAUAUGGAAUUUUGGAGGCUGAGCAAGGAAUAGAUGUGGCUUUCCUCCUGGCCCUACCACAUCCUGGGAGAAGAGACUAGACUUUGCCUUCAGGAAGCAGAAAUGUGACCUAAAUUCAUUUGAGAGAUGAACCACAGCUUUGGGAUUUACUCGUGAAGCAAAUUUGGUUGAAGACUAGGUCUCGCAAUCUCCGGAAGGAUGGACUGACUGACUUCUGACUAGCUCUUCUCACUGCAGAGUCUGUUACCCUCUGAGGAAGGUGUCUUUUCCGGUGGCUCCAGAUUUUUCAGAAUGCCUGCCAUCCUGCCUCCUGGUGGAUCUUUUCUGCCCAGGUUGCGUGGCCUCUCUUUCUGCUGCACGUUGCUGUGCUCCAGGCCUUUGUAGCUGUGACCUUGCUGCAGAGCAGUGUGUCUCAGGGGAGGUGCUUUUACCCCCAGAGACCAUUGCAGUUAUCUGAUGACAUUUUUGAUUGCUAUGCCUGGGAGUGGGAGUGUGUGUAUGCUAUUUGCAUCUAGUUGCUAGAGACCAAGGAUGCCACUAAACAUCCUACAAUGUAAAGGAGAGCCCCACUAUGCCCAGCAAAGAAUUAUCUAAUUUCAAAAUAUCAAUAGGGCCAAGACUGAGAAACCUGGAUGUUGACAGUGUUCCCUGACUUCUCGGCUGAGGUAAAUUCCCACCCAGCCCUGGACACACAGUGCCCUUUAACACUCAUGCAACUGGUUUGGAUGGAUGGAAUUGGUAUCCUUGAAUUCUCCCUGGACUCCAACCUUUGACACUUCUGCAUGUAACAAGAGCUGUCCUUGUAAAGCUCAUGGCUCUUGUGCACAUGCUAAAUACACACACACACACACACACACACUUUGAGGGAGGAAGGUACGGAUUGUUCUGUGGAUGCUAUGCAGGGAUGGGAAAGGAGUUUUCUGUAACCGUAGAGUGCUCUGCCCUUCCCUGCUGUGUUUAGACCCCUUCCCUAGGGAGUCAGAAUAUUGGGAAUAAUUUUCCUUCUUGUUGAAGGACCACAAAGAGCUAGGGUAGAAAAAUGAAGUACAUCCCAUCUCAUGAUUUAUAAGGUCAGAUCUUUAUAAAUAAAGACUCUAGCUCUGUCAGAUGCAGUGGCACAGGCCUGUUAUCCCAGUGACUAGAGAGGUGGUAGCUUAGCAAGAUCUUGUCUCAAAGUGAAAA